UACCCAAACACUCCACAUCAGUUUAUGAUGUAGCAAGACGAGACACAUUUACAAAUCUUGCGGAUAUAAGGGCUAAGGAAAUCGAUCUCUACUCAACUAAUCAAGAUUGCAUCAAGAUGCUUGUUGGAAACAAAGUUGAUAAGGAAAGUGGAAGGGUUGCCAUGAAGAAAGAGGGAAUUGAUUUUGCUCGGGAGUAUGGAUGUCUUUUCCUUGAAUGUAGUGCAAAAACUCGAAUUAAUGUACAGCAGUGUUUUGAAGAGCUUGUUUUAAAGGUGCACACUCUGUCAACGUUUAUUUUUAUUUUAUUUCAGGAUGAUCAUGUGGACAUGGAAAAAGUUGUCCUUGGCAUUUGUGAUGGAAGAGUGGUCUGACAGAUCGAUUUCCGUCAGAAAAACCGCAUAAAACAGAUAGCCCACUUGUUUCAACUCAUAGUAGAAACCGAGUAGAAAUGAGUGGAGUCUGUUAUUUCAGGCCGUUCAGCAGGAAAUAGAGAGCCUAGUACUUGGCUUGUCAUUACUGCAGCAUAUAUAUUAGUUUUUAUUUAUUCAAUCAA